AUGGUUCUCCUUGCUGGUUCCAGCACUGGCUGGCUUCCUAUCAGCCAGGAACGUCUUAAGGAGCUCGUUGAUGCGCAGGAAGCCGUUCACUCGGUCAUUUCUGACUACCUCCCCAAGAAAGGAAAGUCUCUCGAAGAGAGCAUCCAUGCACUCCCUGGCCUUGUUCCUUUCCGUCCCAACCCUGACAGGAAGCCUCUGGCGGACUACCAAUUUGUGAAUGAACACUCUAUGCCCAAUGGAGAUCAUCGUCGAAGCCAGUCUUCCUCUUCUGAUAGAUCCGAAUCUGGAAUCAACCCCGAGGCUUUGGCUUUCGCUCCGGGAGGGGGUCUCAUUGUUCGCGGAGUCCGUACUCCUCAGGAAUUUAUGGCCUCGCUGCGUGCCAUCCAAGCUCGCAGUGGCGUGCGCAUCACUGUCCCUCCCCGGCGUAUCAUCUUCGGAAAUCUGCCCAACGCCACCACGAUUACGGACGUCCUCUGCCUGGUCUACGGCGGAGCCGUGGAGCGUGCUUGGAGCGUUGUGGACGGAGAAGUCAUCGUCCAGUUUUGCGACGACGUUGCUUGCCGUCGUUACUACGAAGCCAACUCCAAUGGCAUCACUGUGUUCGGCGACCACGUCAUUGUCAUCGAGCGACCCGAUGAUACCGAUCAGCUCACUGCUGCCCAGCGGGAGCGCAUUCAUCAAGGAAUCACUCGCGUGAUCCGUAUCACUGGUAUCGCCAACGACUCCUUCAGUAGACUCUGCGACCUCGCGAAGGGUUACGAGAUCGACCACAUCCACCUGGUUGAGUGUGACAAGCCCGGUAUGAUUUACGUCUUCUUCCGCAAUCUCGCUCAUGCGUGGGAUUUCAAGGCGGGCAUCGAGGAAGACACUGCCUCCUGGGGUGACUGUGUGGUCGAUUAUCUUCCCGACCCCUGCCGGGUCGCUACCGGCUUCCACGCGAACGCCAUUCGUACCCGCUUCUCCGCUGCCGCCGUCGUCGCCGACGACGUCUAA